AGCUCUAGGGCUCUACUGUGUCCCCUCUACAACUCUGAGAUUACAGACACAUGGGUGCUGGGACCGGAACUGAGCUCCUCCGGCCUGUGUAGCGGCCACCUUCCAAGUUUGUGAUAUACUACUUCAGUAUCGAUUUGUCAUCAGUGUGUGACAAUGGGACGAGGAGAUAUCAUUCUAAAUCACUGUGGCAAAAUGCUAGCGACAGCAGGAAAGAUGAUCAGAUGGAUACUUUAACAACCGCUCAUUGAAAUGUUUCCCUCUGGGAAUCAGAGGGCUUCAUAUUAUUUUCAACAAAUUUUCCAAGGUUUCAAGCACGCUGGAACCCUUUGCUAUCAGAAGAAGCUAAUUUUCCUUUUAUGAUGCAUGAAAAUGGAAUAAAGUCCCUGGAUGAAUAGGGUUCCCAGUGCCGAUUCCGACACUGUGAAGAAGCCCUUGGCAGUGACACUGUGUGCUCAUUAUGGAGAGAGAGAAAAUGUUUAGAUCCACUUUGCAGAUUUAGACACAUGGAAAUGCAGCAAAACUGCAGCAUUUCAUGCUUCUGGGAAACCCAACCUCUUGGUUGUGUGAAGAUCAGUUGUAUCUUUUACCACAGCAAACCCCGAAAUAUCAAUGGAUUAUUUUUGCCACCAAGUAGCAAUACCACCUUACAGAAGGAAAAUCAGGAAGGAAGUCCACCCCCAAGCCAGAGUCAGGAACCUCUGAAACCCAUGGAGAAUGUAUCACGACCCAUUCAUAACCCAUUAGUUUUAAAAACUAACUUCGAAGAAGAAGAGGAGGAAGAGGAAGAAGAGGAACAAAAUGAUGCUUCUAGUUUAUGGACAAAGACCCCCGAAGAAAUUGAAGAGAAAAGAGCAAUAAAGGAGAUGUGUUAUAAAUCUGGUGAAUACUAUCGAUUCCAUGCUCCUCCAGAUAUCUCGUCAUCAAAAAGCACAGCUUCUACAGUGGAAAAAGAGUUAGAAAAGCCUUUGGAAACUGGCAGUGAGUUGCAAGAAGGGGAUGGUCUUACAGUUCCAACAAAGUUCAGCCUCUUUGAAAGGUCGGGUGAGGCAAAAACAUCAUUGGAUAGGAAACCAAGGACUGACAUUGCUGCGUUUGAAAAUGGAGGGGGUGACUGCUAUGCUCCACAGAGGAUCAUAUUUCUUGGCGUGGAUGAAAGUGAAGCAUUAGCUGAAGUGAAAGAAACCACCUCCAAAUGUUCAAAUGUCAAAGAAGAAAGCAAGGACAGCCUACACCCAAAGCGUACCCUAACCACUCGCCUAGUCCCUACAACGCAUGUGCUAAAUGCUACAGAGAAUAUCAACGUGAAGUGCAGAGAGAGUCCCUCUUCAACGAAUGAUGUCCAGCCAGUGAGGAAGCCUCAUUUUAAAGGUGUGAAGAAAAGAAAAUGGAUUUAUGAUGAACCGAAGAACUUCCCUGGCUCUGGAAUGCGGAGAGCAGUACACACCCCAAAUCCCAAACAUAAGAUGAGUUACCACCAUCAGAAUAAAAACCGAAAUGCUGAGAACGCCUCCUACAUGCAUGUCCAAAGAGAUUCAGUAAGAACUGUCACACUGAACGCCCCUCCCCGAAGCAGGCCCACAACUGGGUCCUACAACAAAGCCGAUAUCAACAAGGAACCCAAACUCAACCUCUGCCCAGAUAAACAUAUGUCAACAACAUAUAAUGGUUCAGCCUGGCGAAGAAGAAUUCCUUUUACAAAAACAUAUUCAAAAACGGAAAAGAUAUAUCCAGAGCCAAGAAGAAAUGGGAGCAAGUAAACUUGGAGGUUGAAAGAAGAGAAAAAUGAGAAAAGAGAAAAGUGCCAGCCAUCACCUGAUUUACAAGCAAAAAUGAAAAUUCAAAGAAUGAGAUAUUCAAGUACUCCAUAGGAUAUAGUGGUAGUCAACGAUGAUAAAAUGCAAAUUCUGAAAAUAAGAUGCAGGAAGAACAUUGUGCUUGUUCAAAACUGAUAAAAUGCAAAUUGCAAACAGCUGCCUGUUUAUGUAUGUAUGUCUGGGAUUCAUUCAAUACAUUGCCACAAACAUUUAAUAAAAUUUCAAAGUUUGA